AUGAAGCUCUCCAGCAGUCUGAGCGACCUGUUGGCCAACUGCAGCAGCAGGAAGGCAGACAAGGAAUGCAUAAAACACGUGAAAAGCGUCCUGAGUGAGAAGAACAAAAAAAGGGAAGAGCAAACCAAAGAGCUAUUUGAAUUUUUGGCCAACGUAAUUUAUGAAGACUUAGAAAGAGACAUUUUAAAAAUAAACAUUUCUAACUUGGAGGACAAAAAAAAAAAAAUUUUGUUCAACAAUUUGAGAAAGCUAUUUAAAAUUUUAAUACCCUUGGAACAGGAAAAUGGCUACCUGGAGGUACUCUGCGAUUUUCUUUUUUAUUUGUUUAAGUACAUGCGCAGAGUCAACGUGAAAAAAUGUUACAAGGUGGUGAAGAAGGUUACUAGGAUGGGCAUCGCGAAGUUUGAUAAUGCGGAUGAUGUGAGUGGUGACCAGGGUGAUCAGCAUGACAAGGCGAACAGGAGCCCCUUUCGAAUGAUGCCCUUCCUGCUUAGUAGCAACAUCCUCAUCUACCUCGAAGUUCUAAAGAGAGAAGACAGCAAAAAUUUAGUGCAGGAGGAACACUACUUUUACCAAAGUGUGAAGAACACCAUGAUGAGCAAGAAGUACAUUGUGAUGUUGAGCCAAGUGAUGGGUAAUGUAGUGACCAGUUUCCCUAACUUCCCCCUUUUCAUCGACACAGCGUUUAACCUAUUCCUUUACGUACGAAAUGGGUUGGUUCCCUUUUUCCUCAAAAAUGUAUACAAAAGGAUUACAGAUUUGUUUCAGUUAAAAGAAAAAGAAAUGAACACAAGGUUCACUGUGAAGAAGUACUACGGGCUUUUAUUUUAUGUGUACUUUUUGUACAAAUUGAAAAUCAUUACCUUUUUGUAUUUAAACCCUAGUACCACCUAUGGCUUGCUAAAUGACUCUGUUCAAUUCAGCACAAUAUUGGAUCUCUACUCCAACGUUUUGAAUGACUAUAAAAAUGUGUUGCAUUUAUGCUUCACCAUUAUAAGCAACAAGAAGAAUAACAAAACGAUUAUGAACACUUUUUGUUUAGCAGUCAUCUACUUGGUAAAUCUCCUCCAUUCUAACCACAACGACAUUAUGAACGUAUUCCCAGAGAACGCAAAGAAUAAUAAUUGCCCUUUGAUUAAGAAAUAUAAAGAUGUGUUUUCCAUGUACCGCAAAGUGUUUGACGCCCUCUUUAAGCUGAGCGCAGGGCCUGCCUUUAACCUCUCCAAGGUGAAGCUCUCCGUGCUUAGCAACCUCUCCUCGGGAAAAUUCAAUAAUCAUUUCGUAUCGAAGAGGGAGAAGAAGAGGAAGGAAAAGUGGGCGCAGAGACAGAAUUAUACCACCAAGGAAGGACAGACGCGGGAGGGGAUGGACGCUCAUACGAAUAAUGCAGAUCAGAAUGAGGAAGACCUCCAUAGCAAGAAUCGCCACCGUGAAGCCAACAACUUGAUCUCCCAGUGGUUAGCCAAGAAAAAGAGCCAGUGGAGAAAACAAGAAUUGGUGCAAUUAACUUAUAGGACCAUAAGUGAGCAUGAUUAUUCUUGCUUUGUCGUUUUCUCCUUUCUGUAUAUCCUGACGAGGAGAUUUAUAAGAUUGUAUGACUUCUCCCCCGUCCUACACGACAUUGUUUUUUACAAGCCUUUCCGCAUUGGCGAGAUCAUUAUGGAGGCUUCCAAUGCAAGUAGCAAACAGAGUGGCAAGAAAAUUGACGGUGGAAAGAAAACUGGAAGCGGAAAGAGCAUCUUGUCUGCACAGAAAAUACCAACCACGGAACUCUCCAACAUCCUCUACAGCAACGCCUUUUUGAAUUUACUCAAAGAUAAACUGUGCCUUUAUCUCAACAUUGAUGGCAAUAUACUGAAUCUCUUUUUUAUGAAUGAGCUGUACAAGUUUGUUAACAACAGGGACUUGAAUUACAAAAAUUUGCACUACCUCUUGGCCCACGACACGGGCACCAAGUACCACCGGAUGAAUGUGCUGCUCCUCCUGCAGAAGAUUGUCCUGCGCAAUGUGCUCAGAUACGCCCUCUCGCUGGGGGACGACGCGAGCAACGGGGAACAGAACAACGAAGGGGACAAUAACGGAGAAGCGGUUGGCGGCCAAGUGGAUACUGCCCACUUGCACGCGGGGGGAGCCAGCCAAGUGGCCUUCCUCUUCGCCAAGCAAAACAAAAAGCUGAAAACACUCAACUUGAACGAGUUCGCCCUGGGCACCAAGGAACUAAAGGCCACUGCGGAGAAGAAGGAAGAAAAUACAUUCACCAUUUUAAGGAGCAUCGAUUUUGUGGACAUCAACAGCAGUGCUCAGAAGAAGAACCUGCAGUUCGACAUGAAUAUAAUUAACAUCGCCGUAAAUCAGCUAACCAAGGAAAGCUUCGCCACAUUAAAAUCACUCAUCUCAUUGCAAAAUAAGAAUAAGGAUCAAACCAAAAUGUACCUGAAGAAUUUGUUCUCCCUUGAAGUUUUACUAAAAUGCACGUACAAUUUUGUGAACAAAUUUUUGACCAUAAUUCAUCUGACCAAGUCAGGUAAAAAAUGCAUACUUUGUUGUAACUGCAAAAGGCAGCACAUUUUGUGCACAGAAGAUUAUUACGAGCAAGUUAAGAAUAAGAAGAAGAAGAUACAAACAACAGAAAGGGAAGUGCACCUACAGUUUGAACCAACGUUUGGCAAAAGAUGUGCCAAAAGAAACAACAUCGUAGUUGUAAAAAAAAUUAUUAAAUUGUGUGUUUCGAUCAUGAAGAAGGGAAAAAAAGACACAGCUGAGGAGAAGCAGGAACGACGACAUUGUAAUGUUCAAACGGUGGAAGAAUUAUCCAAAGUUAUAAUUUUCCUUUUUAACCUUUUGAUAUUUAACAUGACUCAUACUUUAAGCAGUACGCUGCAAAAAAAAAACAGUGACUCAAGGGUGAACAGGAAGAAGUUCCAGAAAAGGUAUCGAAAAAUUUUCCUGGACGCAAACGCUUUGGUCAAACUGGCAAAUGCCCACGACUUGCAAGGACCUCUUUCAGACGAGUUAAAAAAACAGAUAAUCCUUUUCUCGAAGAAUUAUGUGCCCCUAAGCAAGCUGCUCAGCUGCAGUGCUUACAAAAAUGAGUUUUUACUUUUUGCGACGCACAGCUUCUUGCCCGCGAACAGAAGGAAGGGUUUGAAAAUUUCCAAGCGCAUGCACAGAAUGCUGAAGGAGUUGUCCCCGCGGUAUAUGAUCGAGGAGGGAGCCACGGAAAAGGGCGUAGAAAAUGAAGAAGAUGGUGAUCAGAAGGACGAACAAACGGAGGGCCCCACGGAGCAGGUGGACGACCUAACAGAGGACCAACGUGAGGAACGGGACCAUCAGACGGACGACCCUGAGGAUCAGGCAGAUGGCCUAACGGAGGACCCACGCGAGGGACGGGACGAUCAGACGGAUGACCCAAACGAGGAGGGCGACGGCCAAAGCGACAUCGUCGUGACGAACAGCUUCCUGCUGGACAUACUGGCGGAGGACCCCAAGAAGGAGGAGAAAAAAAAGAAGCAGAAGAGCGGAGACCUGGCGGAGAAAAAAGAACGAACAGAUCUGUUUUACAACGUCACGUAUCUGCUGAAGCACCUGAAAGGAAACUUGAAGGACCAGAGUGCCGAGGACACCGUGAGGACGUUGUGCUACGUGGCUCUAUCCCUGGCAGUUAUCUCGCGCAAGGAAAAAAUGAGUGUGCGUUUGGGGGAGCAGUUCGAAGGGGGUAGCGUUGAGGGUAGCGUCGAGAGUAGCGGCGAAGGCAGCACCGAUGAAGAGGAUGACGAAGCCGUUGGAGAAGCCACUGAAGAAGUCCCUGAAGAUGUGUCUGAGGACGUCCCUGAGGAAGUCCCUGAGGAUGACUCUGAAGAAGCCGCAGAAGAAGGCGACGAAGCCCAGCCCAGCGGGGACAGCAAGGCCUCCACCCAAUCGCGCCCCGCUAUGUACACAGCGGACCUGCGCGCCCUGGACAAACAAAUAAAGCACAUCAUGAUGAGCUUCAAAGUGAAGAAAGAAAUUGUAGCACAUGACAAAAACAGAUUAAUCGAACUCAUAAAAAAGAGCGUCGUAAGAAUUGUGAAGAUAAUAAUAAAGGAAACAAAAAACACAGAGCUUUUAAAAAUUAUGAUAAAAUGUUUAGAGCAUUAUAACAUGAUAGAAAGUCGAGUAACCCGUAAAAGCCACAUAGUGAUUAAUUACUUACUCGAGUUUUUAAAAAUCAUUUUCUUCUUUCCACAAUUGAGGAACUGUUAUUCAAGAUACUUAAACCUAUUCUUCAAAAGCGCCUUUGUACGGUACUUAAAUAUCAGUGAGCUUUUUAACGGAAUGUACAAGAAACAUUUUGCAAACAUCAUUAAAAAAUUUUCGUCCGAUUUUGAUGUUACUUUUUACCUGAACAGUCAGGUAAAAACGGAAGUUAUCCAAUUAGAGGAAAGGGAAUUCAUUUCAAGACAGAUUAUCGCUAUUUUUAAAGAUUGCAGAAAAAAAAGAGUGAACAAAAUUAUACGUGAUGAUAUAUGCAAUGAUUAUAUUUCCAACUUACUACGUCAAGGUAACACGAAUGAAAAAAGUUUGCUAAACACAUUUAGCUUAAAUGAAUUGUCCCACCUCAUUCAUCACAUUUGCUUAUACCUUAAUAACAUAUUGACGAGUAACAACGCCUACUUAUUUAACAAAAAGGUCACACUGAAUUUGUUGGGAUUAGUAAAAAAGAUAAAAGCCAUUACGCACAUGCAAGGGGAUCACAACUUAGUCCUUUUUAAGGACCAGCUGGCACACACACACAUGGCAGAAGUUCAAAAGUUUCGUACUCUCCUGGAUGAACGCAUAGAGAGCCAGAGUAUACAAAUUAACAUUAAUGACUUUCACAAAAGGCUUACGAGCAUUUUGCAGGAUGAGGCGCGGUCCAGCGGGGUGAAGCGGCCAAAUGGGUCGCAUGCUUUACCGGGCGGGAAGCGCCUGCGAAGUGGCUAA